UCACUAGAGUUAUGACUUGUGUAUUAAUUAUAUAUGUUUUAAUUUUUUCUUCUAUCAAUCUUUCAUGUCAUCAACAAGAGGAAGAGACACUUUAGAACUUUGUGGAGUUAUACGUGAUGUGUUGGAUCCAUUCACAAGGUCUAUUAGCCUAAGUGUUGUUUACAACCGUAAGGAAGUUAUCAAUGGCACUAAUUUGAGGCCUUCUCAAAUUACAAAGCAACCUAAGGUUGAGAUUGGCGGAAAUGAACUUUCUACUUUUUACACUCUGAUUAUGGUGGAUCCUGAUGCUCCAAGUCCGAGCAAUCCAAAUUUGAGGGAAUAUCUACAUUGGUUGGUCACUGAUAUCCCAGCAACCACAGGAGUAACCUUUGGCGAUGAAGUUAUAUGCUAUGAGAGCCCAGGGCCUUCAAUGGGAAUACAUCGGAUUGUUUUCUCUCUAUUUCGUCAAUUGGGCAGAGAAACUGUUUAUGCACCAAAUUGGCGUCAAAAUUUCAAUACAAGAGAUUUUGCUAAACUCUACAAUCUUGGAUCACCUGUUGCUGCUGUUUAUUUCAAUUGCCAAAGGGAAAAUGGCACAGGCGGUCGUCGCGGUGGAUAAUUAUAACAGGAGCAAUCUCAAAUGUGAUACGAGAGAGAAAUAUCAUAUAAUAAAAAAAACAAUCUCAAUUAUCGUACUCAAAUGUCGAUCUCGAAUUAAAAGCUUCUUAUUGUUGCAAAUUAAAAAUUCAUUUGAGAAAUAAGUUCUAAUUGUGAUGCCUUUUUAAUAUAUAUUAUAAUCUUUAUUUUCUCAAA